ACCACCAAUAUCAAAAUGAUACUCAUACUAUCAAUACUAGUCCCCUUACUAGUAAUAUACCUUCUCCACAAAUCCAAAAUCUCAACCAAAAACGGCGUCGUUCGUGUACCUCCCGGCCCUCCCGGCCUACCCUUCACCGGAAACCUCCUCGAAAUCGGAGCCGCCUCUGACCUCCCUUUCUAUUUUUGGAAACUCUCCAAAAAAUACGGCCCCGUCAUGCGAAUGAGAAUAGGCCACGUGUCCAUGCUCAUCAUCUCCUCCCCAAAACUAGCCCAAGAAGUGAUGAAAACACAAGAUUUGUCCUUUUGCAACCGCUCGAAAUUCCUAGGGCAAAAGAGGCUGAGCUACAACUGUACGGACAUGGUGUUCUCCCCCUACAACGACGACUGGCGCGAGAUGAGGAAGAUCUCUGCCGUCCAUUUGCUCAGCGUGAAAAAGAACCAGUCCUUUCGCCCCGUGCGAGAGAUGGAAGUCUCUCGCAUGGUGGCGAAGAUUCAGAGAUUAUCUGAAUCUCCAGAGCCACGGCCUGUGGACUUGAGCCACGUCGCCAUGGCUCUUGGGAGCAGUUUGAUUUGCAAGAUUGCUUUUGGGAAGAGGUAUGAGGAGGACGGGCCCGAGUUUAGAAGGUUCGAGAAGCUUCUCAAUGAUGCUCAGGCGGCGCUGAUGGAGUUUUACGUGUCGGAUUAUUUUCCCGCGCUUGGGUGGGUGGAUAGGGUGACCGGGGCCAUUGAUCGGCUCGAUAAGGUUUUCUACGGCCUGGAUUCGUUCUAUCAGGAGCUCAUCGACGAGCAUCUCGAUCCGAGGAGGGAGAAGGUGGAGAAUGAGGAUAUUUUGGAUGUAUUGAUCAAGCUUAAAGAGGAGAAAUUGAGCUCCAUUGAUCUUGACUGGAAUCGCAUUAAAGCCUUGUUAACGGACAUAUUUAUUGCCGCAACGGAUACAAGUGCAGCAUCAACUGUUUGGACCAUGACAGCCUUGAUCAAGGUACCUAAAGUGAUGCGCAAGGUACAAGCCGAGAUUCGAAAUUUGGUGGGCAACAAAGGCAAAGUAGAUGAAGACGAUAUCCCCAAUCUUCCAUAUCUAAAAGCAGUCAUCAACGAGACAUUUAGGUUGUACCCUCCAGCUCCACUGCUUGUACCUAGACAAACCAUCGAGAAAUGCACUCUCGAGGGAUAUCAAAUUCAACCCGGAACAGUGGUCUAUGUGAACGCGUGGGCGCUUGCAAGAGAUCCCGAGUAUUGGAAGGAUCCAGAUGAGUUCAUGCCCGAAAGAUUCUUGAAUAGUAACAUUGAUGUCAAAGGAAAAGACUUCGGGCUCAUUCCAUUUGGGUCAGGGCGAAGAAUCUGCCCAGGAAUGCUUAUGGGACUUUCCAAUGUGGAGCUAACGGUUGCGAAUUUAUUGUAUUCCUUUGACUGGCAGUUGCCCGAAGGAAUUCGGGCAGAAGAUAUUGAUACCGUUGCUCGGCCCGGUAUCACGAUGCAUAAGAAAAAUCCACUUCUCCUUGUAGCUAAAAAAUAUGAUGUUUAAGCAACAACAUUUUGUUCAUUAAAUAUGUAUGUAACUUUGUUAGUAAAUUUUGGAACUAUGAGUUAAGGGAAAGGAACUCCUUAAUAUUGGGUA